AAUCAACAAUAAAAACACAUAAGACAAUUUGUGUGUGUUUACGUGUUGGGCUAAGCGGGUAAACCAUGUAUCGUUUACUGGUCUGCUUCAUUGCACCGUACCAGUGUUUACAAUGCCAGUCACCGAUCCUGGGCACAUUCUUUCAACUGUUGAGUGGAACUUUCAGCAACAGCGGUGACCCGGGGCGGUUUGACCCUGACUGUCCACAGGAUUUGAUUGAGGUUGAGUUUUUGCCAGUGCAAAUCAAGUCCAUGGAGAACUUUACGGGCGGGUUUACAAUCUUGUUUACUGAGAGAGUGAAUGGAGCUAUUUAUAGACUGGAGGUGCUCACUGUCAAGUUGGAUGUGGAUAGAGUCAUCCAUCUACAGCCAUACAACAUCACAGACAACACUGUGGUGCAGGGUGGUCAAGUUAACCGUACAUUACUCUCAGCCCUUGGCGUUGGAUCUUUUCAAACAAGGAGCGAGUGUGAGGUCAUCUACAGAGCUAUAGAGUCCAAUAAUUUCGUAGCAGCCUGGCCGGACUGUACUGGGCACUAUGGUGGGGAGUUGGCGACUUACACGAUCAGCCUCAGCUGUAAUGCCCUAUCGUUCGUGUCUGUGCUGGAUCUUUUCCAUGAGAAACCUUGCAACUUUCCCUAUGUCAUCUGGUUAAAAGAGAGAUUCCCCCUCCCCCCAAACAUGGUCUACAACAACCACGGGGGUGGGGAUCCAUGUAACUGCCCGGCGUCCUGACCUGCUCAACUACAGAUAGAGUAUAAAUAUUCGGCAUCGUUUAGUAUUUAGUUAAAAA